CCGUUAUCCCGGUUUAAGCUUCUUGCAAUAACAUGGAUUCUGUUGCUGGAUUCUAACCCAACAGUUUCUUGCUGUUGUUACCUUCGGAGUAUUGUUUGCCCACUCCGCGAUGGCCACUUUCGGGCCAUUGGUAUUCGUCAACGGAUUAAAUUCUGUCGCCAGAAGCUUGAACAUAGGAUUUUUAAUACCUCAAAAACUUAAAGCAUUUUCCUUACAAUAAUGCCCAAGUACGAAUUCAUUCCCGCCUCUACUACUUUUAGAGAGGGACACAGACGACACGCUCGUGCAAAAGGAACUAUAUGAAAGAUGCACACCUAUACGUGUUUAGACGGAGAAAAGUCCCAGCAUGCCGCGGGAAGCAUUCUUUGCUGGAAGGAUGCUGGGAGUUGUAGGGCUGCCCCUCCCCCCUUCCCUGCGCCCUAAAUGAACGCAAGGCUAGGCUCUCGCGUGGAGAUGCGAGAGGGGAAGCUCUCCAACGGGUUUGCGAGCGGCUGUGGGAAAGCGGAGCCGCGAGCUGACUGGCUGGCUUCCUGGUUGCUAUGAGACGAUUGUCAGCGCCAGGCGCUCGACUCCGCAAGAAGCCGUUCGGCGGUCCCUGUUGCCUGCUUCGCGCGCAGGAGAGUCAGAGAUAAAUCUGAAGAAAGAAAAACAUGGCAAGUAAUCACAAGCCUCCUACAGCACGUCCUUCUUCAAGAGCUGGGAUGGGGCUGGGAGGCAGGCCACCCUCAUCUUCAUUACGACCUCCUUCUGCAGCAUUACUUGGUGGAGGUAUCCCUCCAGGCACUUCAAGACCUGGUACUCGUGGUGGAUCCAUAGGAACUGGUGUGGUUUUGUCUUCUCAAAUAAAAGUUGCAGACCGCCCAGUGACACAGCAAGGGCUGAGUGGAAUGAAAACAGGAAUGAAAGGUCCACAGAGACAAAUUAUGGAUAAAUCAUAUUACCUAGGAGUGCUUAGGAGCAAAAUAAAUGAGCUUACCACAGAAAUUAACAAGCUUCAGAAAGAAAUUGACAUGUAUAAUCAGGAGAAUUCUGUCUAUCUGUCAUAUGAAAAAAGAGCAGAAUCUUUAGCAAGUGAGAUCAAAGAGUUUCAAGGACAACUUGCAGACUACAAUAUGUUGGUGGAUAAACUUAACACCAAUACCGAUAUGGAAGAAGUAAUGAGUGAAUAUAAUCUGCUGAAAAUUCAAAAUGACCGUGAAGCUCAAGCCAUAGACAUCAUUUUUACAGAAAGACAAAGCAAAGAAAAGCUAAUUCAAGCUGUGGAAAAUGACAUCCAAGAAGAAAAGCAGGCAGCAGAAAACAUAAUUAAAAAUAUGUCUGAAGAGGAUCAAACUAAAUACAUGGAGACAAAAGUGGCAAAUGAAAAACUCUUGCAGGAUUUGUGUACUUUCCAACAAGAGCUGGAUGCUGUGAACAUGAAAGAACAAGCUUUAGAGGCUGAAAUAGCACAUUCCCAGGUUAAACAAGAGGCCCUACAGCUGUAUGAAAAGCUUCACAGCCUUGAAGAACAUCGGAAUCAAAUGAUUGCAGAGGACAAGAGUAUGGGAUCUCCCCAGGAGGAGAGAGAGAGGUUGCUAAAACAGGUAAAAGAAGACAAUCAGGAAAUAGCAAGCAUGGAAAGACAGCUGACUGACAUAAAAGAAAAGAUCAACCAUCUUAAUGAAGGAAUACGACAACUUGACAUGGAUCUAGAGGAACAGCAAGAUGGGGAGAAAAACCUAAAAUACAAGGAAUUGAAGAAGAGAGAAGAGAGCAUGGAUAACUUUCUUGAAACUUUUGAAGAGACGAAGAACCAGGAACUUGAACGGAAAACACAGAUAGAAGCCAAUAUUGUGGCACUUUUAGAGCACUCAAGCAGGAAUGUAAACCGUAUGAAGCAGAUCUCUUCUGUAACAAAUCAAGAGUUGAAGAUCAUGCAAGAAGAUCUCACUUUCAAAUCAAGUGAAAUGCAGAAAUCGCAGAGUACUGCAAAAAACCUGGAUACAGAUAGUCAGCGUUUGCAGAUGGACCUCCAGAAGAUGGGCCUAUUAGAAGGCAAGAUGAUUGAUGAACUCAGUUCUCUCAAAGAAAAAAUUGAACAAAUGACCAAGGACUUGGAAUUGUUCAAUAAUCUUCCAGCUCUGAAAGCAGCAGGGGAAGAAAAGAAAAAAAAACUGCAAGAAGAGAAAGAAACAUUAACAAAGCGCAGGGAUACUUUCAAGAAAAUUAUGGAACAACUAAACAGAGAAUAUGAAGACCUGAAGUUGCAGCUUCAGGAGAAUGAGACACAUUCGCAGCUAACAAAUUUGGAAAGGAAGUGGCAACACCAUGAACAAAAUAAUUUUGUCAUGAAAGAAUUUAUAGCAACAAAAAGCCAGGAGAGUGAUUACCGACCAAUAAGGAAGAAUGUGACUAAGCAGAUAGCAGAAUACAACAAAACUCUCAUCGAAGCUAUACAGAAUAGCAGAAACUGAAUCCAGAUGCUUCUUUUAUAAAUCAGUGGACCAGUGAGAGGACCUUUCUGCUAUACAAUUCAUUAAUAUUUUCAAGAUGCUGAUUGAAAAUUGUACAAGUAAACCGAAGUAGAUAGUAGCAUUUUGUGUGUGCCUACUUCAUACCUGUUAGUUAACAAAAAACAGAAACGUUUGUUUAUUCAAUAUGAAUUUUCUUGAGUGCAAGCUUGAAUGCUGAGAUGAUUAUUUGUUGAAGAUACCAUUCACUUUUGAUCUUGCUAAUAAUGCACAUAAUUACAUUUAAAUCAUUUUGAAAUGCAGCUAUUGAUGAUAUUGAUUAAUAUCCUUUCUCAUGUGAAGAGUUUAGCAAAUUAAACAGUAGAAAUAGUUAUAUUGAUA